CCUAGGUCACCUACGAAGUCAUCACACUGCGGCAUACGUCUACAAAGUCGCCGCGUGAACUUUGGACCCCGGCCGGCCGCGCCACGUCACGCGCCUAACCAACCUGCCUACGGAGCCGAAACGAUACUGUGAGUCCGUUCCAAUUCCUAUACCUAUCCUAUUUAUAUCAAACCUAAUUAAUCAUUUCAAAAUAGCCCCUAUUUGUCUAGGCUGGAUUGUCUCAUUCAUAUGCCCAGUACAGCUUGUCACCUACUGGCUACUUAAUUAAUUACGCAUAUAAUAUCUAGGUACCUAAUUGAGAUAGCAGCUAACUUGCAUAACACGCAAGCAUAAUUCAUAUAAAGUUAGCGUAGGUCUAUUCUAUGGGCCAGGUAGCCGGGCGGCCGACAUAAUCAAGUUUCUUAUCUAUCCCAUAUCCCCCCGCGCCCCGCAAACCGCAUUCCACUGUAUUAAUUUUGCUUAAGCUGGACGUGUCGUGCGAAUUGCUGUGCAUAAUUUAAUAUUUACAAAUUAACUUACGUGCAACCUAAUUAUUAAAGCUCAUAAAGUACAUUUUUUUACUGCGCAGUGGCUAAACGUGUUUAGAAGUGCUUUGCUUUUAGUGUUCUUCUGCUAUUAUAUAAUAUCUCCUAACUAAUAACAAUGAAUACGGAAAAGGAGCUUAUUAAGAAGCGUGGCGGUGUUAAAGCAAAAUUGACACAGUUUAGCACCUAUCUAAAUAUAGCUAAAAGCAGUGAUAAGCUAAUUGGAGCUCGAGGAGCUAGCGGACGACGCCGAGGAGCGAUACAACGAGCGGAGCCAGCUCGAGGGCCAGUACUACGAGCUGGUGUCGCAGGCGCGCACCCUGCUGGAGGGCCAGCUCGACCCUGCGCACAACCAGUGAAAGCCGUUCACAUAGAGCUGGUUACAGAGCUCACAAAGGAGGCGUUCAUGGCUGCUCUGUCUCGUUUUAUCGCUCGCCGCGGGCGGCCUCAGAAUAUUCACUCCGACCAGGGAACCAGCUUUGUUGGCGCUUCUAACGAAUUACAACGCUUUUUAAGAGAUACCUCUGAUGAUAUCUCUGGCCAACUUGCUGAUGACGGUAUCAAAUUUAACUUCAUCCCACCAUAUACACCUCAUUUCGGAGGAUUGUGGGAGGCAGCUGUCAAAUCAGUAAAAUUCCACUUGAGACGAGUUCUAGGUCUAGCUCACUUGACAUAUGAGGAGAUGUCAACUUGCUUAAGUCAGAUAGAGGCUAUUUUAAACUCUCGUCCCCUAACACCGCUCCCUUCAGAUCCUUCCAAUGACUUCACAGCCCUUACCCCCGCUCACUUCCUCAUUGGACGGUCUCUCAUGUCAGUUCCUCAUCCGCAGGUCACAGAUGCCAACAUAAAGCUGCUGCCAAGAUACCAGCGGGUUGAGCAGAUACGACAACAUUUUUGGAACCGGUUCUCUAACGAGUACUUGUCUUUGCUACAGCAGAAAACCAAAUGGCACCGGUCUUCUCCAGAGCAGUUGAUGGAAGGGACGCUGGUCCUAGUAAAGGACAGAACGAUGCCACCACUACUCUGGCCACUGGGACGCAUCAUCAAGGUCCACCCGGGCACUGAUGGCAUCACAAGGGUCGUCGACGUCCUCACCAAGAAGGGCACCAUACAGCGAGCCUACAACAACAUCUGCCCGCUGCCAACUUCUUGAACACAGCGUUCAACCCGGGGAGCAUGUUCGAGCACCGCGUCAUCAUAAUCAUUCAUAAUAUUCAUUCAUUCAACUAUUUACUUCAUUCCAUUUGUAUCGCAUUGUAUCAUUCAUUCAUUUUGUAUAACUUCACUCAAAACCAUUCAAAAUUCGCUCUCUUACCUUUUGGAUCUCAUACAGAACACAUCUACUUAUCCGAAAUAUUGUAACGCGGCUCUUACUGUGAACCAGAAUAUACCAUCAUAAAAAUACA